AUGACUUCAAGUGGUACACUACGUAUCACAUUGCAGAAGAAUGCACUGUCCGGUGCAGGUGGACUCAUUUCGAAUACGAAGUUGACAGAUGGUAGUGCUUAUGAGCUUGACUUCGAUGUGAAGUUCCACAGUCAGUUCGACUGGAGUCGCGGUGGCAAAGUUGGCUUUGGAUUUGGUCUUGGAAACGGGAACACAGGUUGUAAUGUUGCAACAGAUGGAAAUGGUGGAACACUACGGCUGAUGUGGUACAACAAUCCGUCCACGAAACGAGUGUAUUUUCAUCCGUAUCUCUAUCACAAAGACAUGCCAGGUCCGUGUGGAGAUAAUUUCGGAAAGUCAUAUCCCUCAGGAGGAAGCAUUGAAAAAGGUAAAUGGUAUAAAGUUCAUAUGUACGUUAAAUCAAACACUGGCUCGAAUAAGAAUGGCCGUGUACAAGUGAAAAUUAAUGGAGUGACGCUGAUUGAUCAAGAUAUCCGUUGGACGACAAAUGAUAGUAAACGGCUAAUUAAUAAUUUGUCAUUUCAUUCAUUUCGAGGCGGAAAAGGUGAUGAAUGGAAGUCGAAUACAGAUGGUUAUAUUUAUUAUGAUAACCUGAUGGUUAGACAGAUCAGUUAA